AUGGAUCAAGUCAUCGGCGGCGAUCGCCUCCCACUAGAAGCAUGGUUCUGGGAGAUGCCCGUGUGCACGCGAUGGUGGACGGCAGCGACUGUCUUGACAAGCGCCCUCGUCCAGUGCCACAUGGUGACGCCGUUUCAGCUAUUCUAUAGCUUCAGAGCCGUCUUUAUCAAGUCACAGUACUGGCGACUGUUGACGACGUUCCUCUACUUUGGUCCGUUUUCGCUCGACCUACUCUUUCACAUAUACUUCCUACAACGCUACGCACGGCUGCUCGAGGAGUCAUCGGGCAGAUCGGCCGCAUACUUUUCAUGGCUGCUUGUCUACGCCAUGGCGAGCCUCAUUGUACUGUCACCACUGGUUUCGAUGCCAUUCCUCGGGCACCCUCUCUCCUCUACCCUCGUUUACAUCUGGUCUCGCCGUAACCCCGACACCAGACUGAGCUUCCUAGGCUUGCUCGUCUUCACGGCUCCGUACCUGCCGUGGGUGCUGAUGGCCUUCAGCCUGUUUAUGCACGGCACGAUUCCCAGGGACGAGAUUAUGGGUGUCGUCAUUGGCCACAUUUGGUACUUCUUCAACGACGUAUACCCCCCGCUGCACAACGGUUCCAAGCCAUUAGACCCCCCAGGCUGGUGGAGGAGGUUAUUCGAGGGCCGCAGAACAGAAGAUUCCACUACGGAUAUCGACGACAUGGUGGGUGCAGCGGGAAGAGAUGUCGCUGCCGUAAACGUGCUGUAA